AGUCUCCAGCCACCCAGCCAGAGACCUUUGGCAGACAUUUUGGUCAUUCACCCCUGUCACUGUGUUCCUAAAACUGGUCAACCAUUACAUGUCUGUCACUUAUUGGCAGAAAGGUUCAUUUGCGGUUCAAAUGGUGCAAGGACAGGUUUUCUUUACUGAAUUGUUAGCAGCGUCAAACCCUGGGUUAAUUCGACCCUGGUCUGCCACCUGGUGUGGAGGGCUGUGACCCAGCGAGGAGGGGCACUAUGAGCGGGAAGAGCCUGCUGCUGAAGGUGAUCCUGCUGGGGGACGGCGGAGUGGGCAAGUCGUCUUUGAUGAACCGCUAUGUCACGGACCGCUUCGACUCCCAGUCCUUUCACACCAUCGGUGUGGAGUUCCUCAACAGGGACCUGGAGGUGGACGGGCGCCUGGUCACUCUCCAGAUCUGGGACACGGCGGGUCAGGAGCGCUUCAAGUCCCUGCGCACGCCCUUCUACCGCGGGGCCGACUGCUGCCUGCUCACGUUUGCUGUGAACGACUUGCAGAGCUUCCAGAACCUCGGCGGCUGGAAGAAGGAGUUCAUGUACUACUCAGAUGUCAAAGACCCCGAGCGCUUCCCCUUCGUGGUGCUGGGCAACAAGGUAGACAUGGAGCAGAGGGAGGUGGGGGCGGACGAGGCCCGGGCCUGGUGCGAGGAGAGCGGAUGCUGUCCUUACUUUGAGACCAGUGCUAAGGAUGACACUAAUGUUACAGCUGCGUUUGAGGCGGCUGUCAGGGAGGUUCUUGCUGCUGAGGACCAGAUGGACCACGCACUACUGAGUAGUACUAUAGAUCUCCAUGGCAACCGCAAAGCCUCUCGCGCGUCUUGCUGCUGAUUGGUCAGGUGUGAAUCCACGAUGUCUUAACCUCUCUGGCUGAAACUUGCCGGAGGCAGUUUAAAGAGCCAGUCAUGUAUUGUUUAUGGUACACAUGCUGUAGGUACAAGGUACUGAUAACAGUAUCCACUAAAGAUAAGACGGAUAAGAUACAGCGGCUCUGAGGGGGGCGGGGUCAAGGACUUCAGCUGGCGUCUAGAGUGUUGAAUUAACAAACGGUACAGGCACACUCAUCCUUUCUACUCUGUCCGCUUCCAAUGGUGUUGCACUAGAACAUUUUUACCCAGGUUUGUCUGCCGAUGCAGGGCUUUUAUCAAAGAGUGCUUUCACAGCAUUUAUUUUAAUCAAAAAUAAUUUGAAUUUUAAUUAACACAGUGGAAGAGAGAAGAUACCAGUCCUCUACCGAAGAGCACACUCCACAGCCACUCAACUAUUUGUCCACGAGCUGAUUCUACACGGUUUCAGAAGGACUGAAUACAACAUAGCCUUCUCUUUUUAUCAGAUAUGUUACGGAGCCUGUGCAUUUUCUCUGUCAGCGACUGCGUUCUCAAUCCAUGCCGAUCCUGACAUCAGUGUGAUGACCAAUAUGACUCGGGGUACGUGGAAGAUUGCUGCACUUUUGUCUUUAAUAAGAAGGGAAUUAUUUAUUGUUAUUUUGCAGCUCUUGCUUCAGACAUCGGGUACGGGUUAAUCAGGUACUCUUAUUCAUUUGAUUGUUGGAUUUAUUAUCACCGGUCGACCGAUAUUGUUUUUUAAGGGCUGAUAAAGAUUAUUAGUGGUUGAGAAGACCGAUAACUACAUUUGCAUUAAUGAUUUAAUUCUUAUUGUCUAAAUGUAGAAAAACCCUUACUACCACUAUAGAAAGUCAAGGUACAACUAAUGUGGUGGGUGUCCAGUAGUUUUUAUUAUUUCGUUCACCCCAUUUAUAUCGAUAAAGUCUUAGGUUCAUUAACGGAAAUCUCCUCUCCGUCCAAUACAAUAAGACUCAACAUCACCAUUCACUACAUCCUCCAGAAUGAUCGAAAAGUUAAGAAAACAACUUUCUAAAACAUUUUUGACAAAAAUUGUCACGCGGGACACUGCAUUAGUUUUAGCUAGGUGUACUUUAUAAAAUGCUCACUGAGUUUGUUUGUAAUUGUCAGAUGUAUGCACAGGGUGUCAAGUUCCAGAAUGAACUAAAAAUGAUCUCUAAGUUAAUAAUUUAAGAUUACAUAAUUAUUUUCCCCAUACCCCUUUUAAAAUGUGACUCAUUAAUAUUUACCAAGAGUAGAGUUCAAUUGACUUUCAUUCUACUUUUGUCUGAAGACAUUUUUACACAAAUUACUUUCACUCUCCCACAGUAACAUCUCUAUUAGGUAACACCAGUUUUCAUCUCAGUGUUUUUCUGGUUUCUUCAUUACAGUGUUAAUUACCUGCUCUGCAUUUAAACAGUUUUGCUCAAGCACUUAUAGCUCUCUACUUUUUUUUUAUACUGUCUCAUCAAUUCCACAGUUGAUUCCUCUGUGUUCAGAUCUACAAGCUAUUGAGCAGUGGCUCUCUCCCCCUCUCUUGCUCAGUGUCACUUGGGUGGAUCAACAAAUUAACUUGUUAAUUAGAUUGUGAUGGUUUUGCAUCUUCAGCAAAGUGGAUUGUGUCGUCGCAACCUCUGCCUUACCUUCGACUUACAGCUCGGAGCGGUCACUGCAGCUGCUCUAGUCUAUAGGUUCGCCUUUGCCCCUGUGUAUCUUCAGUUUGAUAGGUUAUUACUUGUGACAUGUAACCAAUCGGUGAUGUGGGCGGGACAUUGCUAGAGACCACAAAGUCUUGAUGACAAACAGGAAGCACAUUUUUAUUUGCAAAAAGAAAGUGAUAAUCGUUAAAAUGCUAAAUAAGCCAAUAUUCAGUCGACCCCUUCACUGUGUAGCUGCAGGCACCAGACCUACAGGCCAGACAUCAGACCAUAUUCACUUCUUGAUUUAUGUUAAUGGACCUUAUGAAGCACAUUUCCAUCCUUUUAAUUUUUUUUUUCAUAGUUUAUUGAUCUGAUAUUUGCAUAAGGCAUCUGUUUUGGAUCAGGAAAGUUGGUGUUUCCUGAUAUGUAGGUGAGGUUAUAAUUAUUUUCAUAGUCACGGCAUGUUUGUGAUCCUGCGUCUGCCUCUGCUGGUCGCGUGGCUGGACUUCACUUUGCAGUCCUUCAGCUUUGCCAGUUCUCAGUCUCCUGAUCUUUACUGAUAUGACUGAAGCGUCACACACACACACACACACACAGACAACCCCCACCCCCCUUGUGCUGUAACUCCGGUCACUCCUCGUCUCAGCUGCAUGUGAGAUAGCAUGAGCACAAUGAUGAUGCCGUUACUACUAAUGUGUACGUCGCCUCUCCUGUCCAUUCAUACAGCAACGUGUGAAACUUGCAUCUGACUUUUCUGAGAACUUGAUGAAAUUGAUCGGUACUUUAUUUUGAUUUCAGUGUUCUUCUAACAGUCCGGUUUAUUUACCAGGGGGUGCACUUGAACCUUUUGGUUUUAGCUGCUGUUAUCCAGAGGGCAUUGUUUCUUGCCUGUGUUUUUUUUUUAAAAUAAUAUUCAAACUGAGCUACAGACGGUUUCAAUAGAAUCUCUUCAGCAUUUCAGUUGCGGCUUAAACAGUAUUUUAUAUCUUCUCAAACAACCAAACCUGUUGCAUAAAUAAGUUCAAAUCUUUUGGUUGUCUGAAUGCACAAAGUCACCAUGGUUUCUCAUUAUGGGUCCACGUUCUCAUACCUUUUUUAUGCUGUGUUGAUGCGAUUGUGUAGUUUGUGUAGCACAUUAUUUGCCUUUCAAGUAAAAAAUAAAAUUGCAUCAUAUUUUCAUAUGACUGCUGACUAAUGGUGAACAUUACAAUAGUUUCACUGUGAAAAGGAACUUGUUCCAAUCAGGUACAGGCUUAUUUACUUUAUUGCACGGCUCUUUGUUUUUAAUGUGGGUAAAUAGCUCGAGUAUAUGUUCAUUGUUAAAAGGUUUUAUAAGAUGUGAUUGAGCUUACGAGAAAGUUUUAUUAACUGUGAACUGAUUAGGGCAUUUAAACAAAGUGCAAAGCAAGCUAGAUCAAUUCAAUUAAAAAAAUCAGGGCUUAAGUUAAUCAUUUUUCUGUGUUAAUGUUUGUCUGGAUCGGACAAAAUACUUUGUCUGUUUACUAUAUUUUUACCAUUUCAGUUUAUAACCUGUUCAGAUAAUGUAGCGUACCAGUGUUUACCUGAAAUGGAACAUACCUGAGAACCAGUUGGCUGGUAGCAUUACUCUACUGCUCUAGUAUGUUGCUCUCAUGUUUCUGUCUUAUAUUACUGCAGCCCAGUCUCAUGUCAGUGUUUCUUUUUAAAUGUGACUGUAAUAUUUAUGAAUGUACAAAUCUAAUUUCUUUGGGCUGUCUAAAUUAAUUGCUUAUGUAAAUUGCAAAGGGCAUUAAUUUAUAAUUCACCCUUGUCCUAUGAGUGCGAUUGAGUGAAAGUUUCCACUGUUCGUCUUGAUUCUGUGUUGAACUAAUGGACGACUUUCCUUGCUCCUGUUCUUUUGCACUACGGAGGAUGAGACCGGGUUGUGCCAACAUGCUGGCAAAGCGUUGAACACCCUCCAGUGCUUGGCUACAAAUAAAAACAUGCGGCAUACCAAAAGGAAA